AUGGCAAUUAAUGGAUCCUACCGUUUUAGCUCCAACUUCUACGUGAUACCGGAACUUAGCACGCAACCCAUUCGUAGCAUCAAGCAGGACAAAUUAAAACUUCCAGCUGGAAAACUACUUGCCGACGAGAGCUUUUGCAAUCCUGGGCCGAUUGACGCCAUACUAGGUGCCGGGAUAUGCUUCGACUCGAUUGGGUUAGGAUUCCAGCGCCUACCCAACGGCCUUAUCUUACAAAACUCCAAAUUCGGAUGGGUUGUUGGAGGUAUGCUUCGAACCACCAUGUCUACCAGUCCCUACGAGAAGAGUUGCCACAAGGCUACGUGCAUCGAUGACCUCAAAGUGAGCCUCGAACGGUUUUGGAAUGUAGAGGAACUACCGUCUGAAGUUCCGGAUCAGACAACGUUGAAGAACCACGAGCUUGAGGAUCACUUCAAGCGACAUAUGAGAAUCGCCGAUGAUGGGCGGUAUAUCGUCCGCAUUCCCCUACGGGGGGAGUUGAACCAACUAGGCGACUCCAUCGAGCAGGCACAGCGACGAUUACUGUCUUUGGAACGAAAGUUGUCCCGGCACGAACCAACCUACGUGGAGUAUCGAAAGUUCAUGCGCGAGUACCUCGAACUAGGACACAUGGCUGUUGUUCCCGCAGGCGAACUGCAUAAGGUUCGCUACGUCAUUCCACAUUCGUGUGUGAUUAAGCCUGACUCCACCACUACCAAGCUUCGUGUAGUCUUUGACGCGAGUGCGAAAUCAUCCAGCGGGAUUUCACUCAAUGACCUCCAAGCCAUAGGUCCAGUAAUUCAGCCGGACCUCCUUCACAUAUGGUUGUACUUCAGGACGCAGACAGUGGUUGUGACGGCUGACAUAGCGAAAAUGUACCGCCAAGUCUGGGUAGCUGAACCGGACACCUGGAUGCAGUGCAUAUUAUGGCGCGAAAAGACGAGCGAUUCCGCACAAAUGUACCGGUUACGUACUGUCACGUAUGGUGAGGCUUCCUCCUCGUACCUUGCCUGUAGGGCGUUAUACGAAGCCGGCGAUGAAGUACGGUCACUUGAUCCCAAAAUCGCCGACGCCAUUCAGCGGUCAUUCUACGUGGAUAACCUGUCCUUGGGUGCUGCAACGGCAGACGAGCUACGUGCGCUUAGUUCCGGUGUGGAACGCGCGCUCAUGAAUAGAGGGAUGCCGCUGCGGAAAUGGGCAUCCAAUGAUCCUACAGUAAUUAACGAGGUGCCAGAAGAUCACCUUGAUGCUACGGUGCAAAUCGGCGAUAGGCAGGCCAUCAAAAUGCUAGGUUUAGCAUGGUGCCCUACCGAGGAUACGUUCCAGCUGAUCAUCGACGACGACUUUCACCUGCCCGUAAGCUCCCUAACCAAGCGAUGCCUGGUAGCAAGAAUCGCAAAACUGUACGAUCCGGUUGGCAUCAUGCACCCUGUGAUCGUCACGGCAAAGAUCCUCAUGCAAGACUUGUGGCUCGACAAUCUGACAUGGGAUGAGUGUGUACCACACCACGCAGUGGACAAGUGGAAUGAGUUUACGGCUCAACUACCAAUCCUUCGUCAGCUUCACAUCCCAAGAAUGGCAUUACCAAGCGAAGCUGAAAAUAGUAUCCUGCAUGGAUUCUGCGAUGCUUCAACAAAGGCAUAUGGAUGCGCGAUAUACGCACGCUAUGUGGAUGGUAAUGGAGACAGGCAGUCGCGACUGGUUUGCUCCAAAUCAAGAGUAGCGCCUUUAAAGCAGCUGACGCUGCCUCGAUUAGAACUCCAAGCAGCUCUAUUGUUGGCAGAACUCUACGUGAGGAUAAAGGACGUGUUUGGUACCCGAAUCCAACAAACCAAAUGGUGGACUGACUCGCAGGUCGUACUAGCCUGGAUACGUUCCGACAACUCGAAAUGGGAUGUCUUAGUGAAAAAUCGGGUAGGCAAAAUACAGACUGCGACCGACGUUAACGACUGGCGUUAUGUGCCAACGAAGCUCAAUCCUGCGGACAUCGUGUCUAGAGGACUUCCUGCCAGCAAAUUGGUGAGAUAUGAUACCAUGAGAUUCUGGUUAAACGGUCCGGACUUUGUCGUUACAGAUUUAUGCCCACAGCCUAAUAUUGACGACGUUGUAAUGCAAGCUACGUCCUUCCCAAAUGAAACACAACAAAUGCAUAAACUGGGAUACGUUGUUUCUAAGGGGCCCCUUCAACACCUUAACCCUAUAGUAAGGAAUAAUCUGAUAUGCGUACAGGGACGAUUGGCGAAUGCGGAAAUGACGGAUGGAGCGAGAUUGCCGAUUCUAGUACCGAAGUCCCAUCCCUUUUCACGCACCAUCAUCCGAUACUUGCACGAGCACAACUUCCACGCCGGAACGGAACUAGUGAUGGCAGAAUUUCGGACACGAUUCUGGAUGCGAGAUCUUCGACGAACAGUAAUCGGCGUGUUAUCCCGAUGUGUUGUAUGCGUGCGUGCCAGGCCUAGGCAAUACGAGCAACAAAUGGGUCAACUACCAGCUGCCCGGGUGAACGUGUCUCCUGCUUUUACCCAUACGGGGGUGGAUUUGUGUGGACCUUUCGACGUAAUCCCACAUACCAAAUCGAAGCCGUGGAUUACAGUCUUCGUGUGUCUAUUCGUCUGCUUCACGACUAAGGCGAUCCACCUGGAAGUGGUUGAAAACCUAUCUACGUCUGCUUUCAUUUCAGCACUUCUUCGGUUUGUUUCCCUACGUGGGAGACCAGAUGCGAUCUACUCAGACAACGGCCGCAACUUCGUGGGGGCGGCUAAGGAGUUGAGUUCGCUACGCAAGGCAUACAACAAUCGCGCCUUCCAGGACGAGCUCGUGGGCUUAGCUGCCGAGAAGGGAAUCCGGUUCUCCUUCAUCCCACUGCGGAGCCCAAACUUCGGCGGUCUUUGGGAGGCCAAUAUAAAGGUGGCCAAACGGUUAUUCAAAUCCACCGCUAGAGGCGCUCAACUCAACUUGAUCGAGUUGCAAACUUUGCUCCAUCAAAUUUCUGCAAUUCUCAAUUCCAGACCACUGACAGCCAUCCACGCCAGUCCAUGGACCAUAGAAGCGCUCACGCCAGCGCACUUCUUGAUCGCUCGAGCAUCCUUCUCAAUUCCCGCUACCAUCCAGGACGAUGACACGGACGGUGUCAAGACGAGAUGGAAGCGCGUGCAAAAAUUGGCUCAGCAAUUUUGGUCACGCUGGCGAGCUGAGUACCUGUCGCAGCUGCGAUGUAACGCCAAAUGGACGAGACGAACACCCAACGUACAAGUAGGACAAAUCGUGCUAGUGGGUUAUGAUAACCUCCCGGUCGGACGAUGGCCAUUGGGGGUGAUCACGAAAACCUACGUGGGACCGGACGAAAUGGUACGCGUUGCGGAUAUUCGCACAAACAGCGGUACCUACAAGCGAAACGUGCGGCUGUUGGCGCCACUUCCGAUUGACGCUACGGAGAAGGACAUCAACUGCACAGCUGCUGUUGAGCCGGCCCCUACAACGGUAGCGGGAAACUUGGAUGACGAGUCUAUGAUGCAGCCUGCGAUGGGUUCACGGUCGCGCUACGGGCAAGCUCCAACGACUCCAGCUAGUAGCUACGUGCGGCCUUUAAGUCCUGAACGAGAGGAAGACCCUCCACCUUCGUGUAACAUUUGGGACGGUCGCUUGCGUCCCAAAGGGGGGAGAAAUGGUUAUGGAACAUAA